GGUGCGCAUGUCCAACCUUCUACCCUUCCUCCCAACAUUGAAAAUGGCGUCGCUGAUAGUAAGGCAAGGUGCUCGGCUUGUACGAAGAAAUGUGCUCCUUACUAGUGUGAGGGCCUCAUCAGCAAGCCAUGCUGUGGUCGACCCACUUAAAGGAAAAGUCCCAACCGACCAGAAAUCUAUGCCAGACAAUUUGGGCCAUUCAGUUGGAGCAGAGAGAUUUGAAUUACUUUCACAGCUGGCAGGAAAUGAGGACCCUUUCGAAAUGAACGUGAAAAAGAGGGCAAAGGGAACUUUUGAUGAGCCCACACUUGUACCAUCCAUCAACACAAAGCGAUUAGUGGGCUGUAUCUGUGAGGAGGAUGCCAUCAGUAUAAAUUGGAUGUACCUUCACAAAGGAGAGCCCAAGAGAUGUGAAUGUGGUUAUUGGUUCAAGCUGGCAGAACUUCAGCCUGUCAAUCUGUCAUAAUGAUGGUCCCAGUGUAUGAACCUUAGCAAUUGUAAUAUACCAGAAGAUAAUUUUAUCACCUAAGGACAGUAGGCUCUCACUAUUUCUUACAGUUGGAAAUGACAAACUCAUAGUGCUGAAAAUAGUAAAGGUUUCCAUAAACAGCUGCAGAUUUCUGUUAUAUUCCCUAAAGUGCUUAUUAUCUGCAAGUCGAAACACUUGCUACAGAAUUUUUAUUUCGUGCAACAUAAAUGAGGAUGAAUCUUGCUCCAGUUUUUCUGGCUCAUCGAUAUCACAGUUAAGUUUUUCACGUACCAGUAGUUGCUUCCUUUGCUUUUCGAGUGGGUUACAUCUGUACAGAAAGAUGUAAACUUGUGAGAAAGUGACAUCCUACUUUCUGAAAGUUGUACAAUAUGUGUGUUCUGGCUACGACAGCUUAUGACAUUCCCCACUGAAGUCCGCAAAGGUUGGGGCAUGAACAAUUUUACCAAUAUCUGUCGUCUCAGUUAGAUUGUUUGGUUUGGAAUUAAAUUCUAUUAUCUACCAAUUCUUC